AUGUUCAAUAUACUUAAAGCAAAAUCAAUACUAGUGUAAAAAAAGUCAGAGGAUACUUAUGAUGCAUUUAAAAGGCCUCCUGAUUUUUUGUUUGCAGAAAGACAUGGAGUAUUAUUGGUUCUGAAUUUAGCAAGCUUGUAGAUUUGCAGAAGCUGAAUAUGAAAAAGUAUAAUUAUGUGCAUGUUGUGGAAUGCCCAUCUAAAAUGAAUAAUUACCUUUAUGUUGUGAUAAAUAGGAUAUUAAUUUUAAUGGUGCUGGAAUCCCAUUAUACUUUGAGUUUAUUUAAUUUGCAGCCAUUCUGCUUGUAACUUUAGGGUAUUAUGUAGAUAUAAUUAUAGAUUAAUAUCUGGUAUCUAUAAUAUUAUUACAAAUAUCUAAGGUAGCACUUGUGAACUCUAUUCCAAUACUUGCUCACUCAAUUACUAUAAUAAAUAUGCUUUAUCUAAUAAGGCUAAGUAAAACUGUUAUUUAUUAUUAUAGUGAAUAUGAUAUUGGACUUAAUGUAUUAGAUUUAAUUUCAACUAUUGUUAUAAUUGGUUUUACAAUUUAUUAUAGAAGAUGGAUGAAUUUAACUGCUAUUGAAGUGGAUAACUCAGUAGUUACGAUAUCAGAUUAUUCUAUUUAAGUAAGUAAUUUGCCUUUAAAUGCAACAGAAUAAGAAAUUAAAGACUUUUUCAGCAAAAUUGAAAAAAAAGGUGUUGAUAAAUAAUUAGAAAUUUAAAAAAUUUGUUUGGGUUAUAACAUCUAAGAAUACACUAAUUUAGUUAAUGAAAAAUUAACUAAAGAAAUACAAAUAAGUAAUUUGAUUGCAUUGUAUUUUAUUAUAUUUAUUCUAGGGAAUAAGCAGCAAAUUUGAAAGAUAAAUUACAAAAAUAAGUACUUGAAUAAGAAAUAGCUGCUAUUAAUAAAUAAAUUGAUAAUUUUUUAUCAGCAUUUGAUUAAAAAUUCUAAUUUAGUGGAGUAGCUUUUAUUACAUUUAAUACAAGCGUAAUAUUUAUUUCAUUUAUAAUAUUUAGUAAGAAGCAUAAGAAUGCCGAAAAUUUCAUAAUUAAACUAAAAUAUAAUUAUUAUUUCAUUAAUUAUACUAUUGUUUUAAAAGAAAACGAUAAUUAAUAAAAUUUAAAGGAAAAACUCCAUAUGUAGUAAGAGCACCUGAACCAGGUGAUAUUAUGUGGGAAAAUUUAGGAGAAAAACCUUGGAAACAAAUUUCUAAUUAAACAUGGACAAAUUUAGCAACACUUUUAAUUUUAGGAAUAUGCUUUGGAGCAAUAUUAGGAAUUUCAAUAGGAUAAAAUUCUUUAUAUAAAAAUGAUACAAAAAAUACUUAUAAAUCUGUAGCAUUUAUGAUAACAAUUUUGGGUUUAGUAGCCUCCUUUAUUAUUUCCCUUCUUAAUACCAUUAUGGCUUUUACUAUAAAGAAACUAGUGUUUUUUGAAAAACCUUAUACAUAAACAGAUUUUAAUAUUAGUUAUGCGAAUAAGUUAGGAAUGGUAAUUUAACUAUUUUAUUUAGUCUUAAUUUAUUAAUACAGCAAUUAUACCAUUAUUAGUUAAUUUAGCUUUAUAGGAUGAACAAUUAUUAGUAAGUUUAUGGAAAAGUGGGGGACUUAAUUCUGAUGUCAGUCUUAUUCUAAUAAUGAAUGCUAUAUUUCCUUGGGUAAUUAAUCUUUUUGAUCCAUUUUAUAUAUGGAAAUUGAUUAAAAGAGUAAAAGCCAAAAAUUAAGGAAAUAAUUGCACUUUGACUUAAAGAGAAGCUAAUUUACUAUUUGAAGGUACUAAAAGUGAUUUAUCUUAAAAAUAUGCUACCAUAGUUAAAGCCUUAAUGUUGACUUUUUUUUAUGCUUAAUUAUUGCCUAUAGGAAUUCCUAUAGCUUUAGGAUUUUUAUUAAUUACUUAUUGGGUGGAGAAAUAUUUAUUACUAAAAAGACAAGCUAGAAAUGCUCCUUUAGGUAAGUAAUUAGCCGAAGAAAUGAUAGAUUUAUAUAUUGAAUUAACUUUAUUGCUAUUUGCAGCUGGAAAUUGUAUUUGGUAAAAAGUUGUUGUAGGAGAAAUUCAUCCUAUUGUUUGGACAUAAUUAGCUGUUGCAGGAUUCUAAUUUCUUAUUCCUAUUGAUUGGAUUUUUGAAUGGUUUGUUUAAUUCUAAGAAGCUGAAACUACAGAAACAUAUUAAUAAAAAAAAGCUUAAAUAUGGGAUGUAAUUUAUUAUUAUAUCAACAGGAUUAUUCAAAAAGAAAUCCUGUAACUUAAUAAAAAAGUAUUGAAGAAUGGAUUAAAGAAUAAGGAGGAGAAUAAAAUUAAAAAGUUUAAGGGUUUUUACAUAAAUUAGAAGUGAAAUAUUAAUAGGAUAUUACAGAAGCCUAGCAUAAGCUUAUUAAAAAAUUUGUUCCUAAAGAUCUAAUUAAUGUAUUUAAUUCAAUAUAUUUAAAGUCACAUUAUGAAAUUAAAAAAAAUCAAAUUCUACCUAAUAAUCUAGAAGAAUCUGAGUUUUUGAAAUAAUAAAGAAAUAAUUCAAAAAAAGCAGAUAUUAGAUAAGCAGAAUCUAUAUAUUUUGGAAAACGAGAAACUGAGUUUGUUCAAAAUUAACCUUAAAUUAAAUAAGCUGAUUCUUUUACAUAUGAUUGA